AUGGGGUACAAUGCAGCUGAGACUCGAGGCAAUACAGGACAGAGCAUUCAGCGAAGCCAUGGGCACCUUCCUGGACAUCAGAGAAAACUUAAAGCAGAAUGUGGGCCAUUUGGAGUUGAGAACAAGGCCUUGGAUGUCAUUCUUCUCCAGUUUCCUAUCCUCAUCAGAUCCUUGGCCGACACUAGCUGCUUUUCUACCAUGAAACACCGAGCUCACAUGGAUGGAGAUGAAAUGAUUGCUGGGUUUUUCCCUCUCUACACUUUGGGAAUAGAUUGCAGUAACAGUGAUAACACUGAUAACAAUUUUUAUUGUAGGUUUAUCUUCAAGAGGUACCAGUUUGUUUUGGCCUUGAUGUUUGCUAUUGAAGAGAUCAAUAAAAACCCUGAUAUUUUGCAUAACUUGACUCUGGGAUUUGAUAUCUAUAAUCUUCGAUUUGGAGCAUGGACAGCAUUUAAAAAUCCCUUCCUUAGCCUCUUUGGGAAGUACAACACUCCAAACUACACAUGUAUGAGAGACCGCAAGAGUAUAGCAGUACUUACAGGACCAUCAGGAAUAACAUCUGCCCAGAUUGGGGCAUUAUUGGGCCUCUAUAUUUUUCCACAGCUUACCUUUGGGCCUUUUGAUCAAGUCCUGAGCGACCAUAUCAAGUUCCCUGCUCUAUAUCAGAUGGCCCCAAAGGACACAUCGAUGGCCACUGCCAUGGUCUCCUUACUGCUUUACUUCAGCUGGAACUGGGUAGGACUGUUAACCUUAGAAGACGAGAAUGGCUUGUGGAUUCUUCUUGCAUUGAAAGAACAGAUGGCCAAGAAUAGAGUUUGUAUAGGCUUUGAGAUCCCAUUUCCAAAGUAUGCCCUAUCAGAUUUAUUAAAUGCCAUGAGACUUUAUAACCAGAUUAAUAAAUCUUCAGCAAAUGUCCUCAUUAUAUAUGGUGAUAAUGAAGCCCUAGUACACUUGUUGAUGAGUAUGGAACAAUAUUUCAUAAAAGGCAAAGUUUGUAUCGUGAACUCACAGUGGGAUUUCAGCAUGACAAGGAGAUAUUUUAUGCUAGGUUUAUUCCAUAUACCUCUCAUUUUCUCACACCAUCACCCAGAGGUUUCUGGAUUCACAGAUUUUGUUAAGGCAGUGAACCCUUCCAAAUACAUAGAAGACUUUUUCCUUGCUAGGCUGUGGUUUCUCUCUUUUAAUUGCUCAGAUUGUGAGUCUGAUUGUGUAACAUGGGAGAAUUGUCUACAUGAGGCCUCUUUGGAUUGGUUCCCUCGACACAUUUUUGACAUGACUAUGUCUGGAGACAGUUACAAUAUAUACAACGCUGUGUACGCUGUAGCCCAGGCUCUGCAUGAAAUGGUAAUUCAUCACACAGAAGUACAGACAAUGGGAAACAGAAAGCAGACAGUGGCUUCCCCUGCACAGCUGCACCCUUAUCUGAAGAACACCCAAUUUCAAAAUCCUGCUGGAGAUCCAGUAAUUUUAGAUGAGAAAAGAAAAUUGGAGGCAGAGUAUGACAUUGUGAACAUUUGGAAUUUUCCCGAAGGUCUUCAACUUGAGGUGAAAGUGGGAAUGUUUUCUCCAUAUGCUCUACAUGGUCAUCAACUGUCUUUCUCUGAAGAUAUGGUAGAAUGGUCCAUAGCAACUACAGAGCUUCCCCACUCUGUCUGCAGUGAGAGUUGUGGUCCUGGAUUCAGAAAAUCCCCACAGGAAGGAAAGGCUGCCUGUUGCUUUGAUUGUACCCCUUGCCCAGAGGAUGAGAUGGCUAAUGGGACAGACAUGGAGCAGUGUGUGAAGUGUCCACAUCAUCAGUAUGCCAACACACAGAGAAACCAGUGCCUCCUAAGAGCUACAAGCUUCCUGGCUUAUGGGGAGCCCUUGGGGAUGGCCUUGGCAUGCAUGGCUCUUGGUUUAACUACACUCACAGCAGUUGUUCUUGGGGUCUUUGUGAAACAUCAAAACAACCCCAUUGUCAAGGCGAAUAACCAAGCUCUGAGUUACAUCCUGCUCCUCUCCCUCAUCUUCUGUUUCCUCUGUUCUUUUCUCUUUAUUGGCCGACCCAACACAGUCGCCUGCAUUCUACAGCAAACCACAUUUGGAGUCGCAUUUACUGUGGCUGUUUCUGCUGUCUUGGCCAAAACUCUAACUGUGCUUCUGGCCUUCAAGGUCACUUCUCCAGGGAGAAGGAUGAGGUGGAUGCUGGUGUCAAGGGCUCCUAACUUCAUCAUUCCCAUCUGUACCCUGAUCCAGGUGACUCUCUGUGGAAUCUGGCUGGGAACCUCUCCUCCCUUCAUUGAAACAGACACACACUCUGAACAUGGCCACCUCAUCCUCCUGUGUAACAAGGGCUCCCUCACUGCCUUCUACUGUGUCUUGGGAUACCUGGGCUCCCUGGCCCUGGCCAGCUUCACUGUGGCUUUCCUGGCCAGGAACCUGCCUGACACCUUCAAUGAAGCCAAGUUCCUGACCUUCAGCAUGCUGGUGUUCUGCAGUGUGUGGCUCACCUUCCUGCCUGUCUACCAUAGUGCCAAGGGCAAGGUCAUGGUGGCUGUGGAGGUCUUCUCCAUCUUGGCCUCCAGUGCAGGGCUCCUGGGCUGCAUCUUUGCCCCCAAGUGCUACAUCAUAUUGAUAAGGCCAGAUAGAAGUGUUCUGCAUGGCUUUCAGGCUGAAUCUCCCAUUGGAAUAGGGGAGACUAUGCAGAGCCUUACACCCAGUAAAGUACACAAUCUGGAAGAGAUCACAGGGGAAAAUGGUUUACCUUCAAGAACUAUCGCAAUAGCAUUUAAAAAUCCCUUCAUUUGCUUUUUUGGGAACUACACAGUUCCUAACUUCUCAUGUAAAAGUGGCAGCAAGUCUAUAGGAGCACUUACAGGACCAUCAGAAGUAAUAUCUACCCAGAUAGGCACAUUGCUGUGCCUCUACAGGUUUCCACGGCUCACCAUUGGGCCUUUUGAUGAGGCCCUAAAUGACCACAGGAAGUUCCCUGCUCUCUAUCAGAUGGCCGCAAAGGACACGUCGAUAGCCACUGCUAUGGUCUCCUUACUGCUUUACUUCAGAUGGAACUGGGUGGGACUCUUAACCUUUCAAGAUGGGAACGGCUUGUGGAUUCUUCAUCUACUGAAAAAGAAAUAG